AUGGAGGUGACGGGCGCGGGGAAAUCCCCAAAUGCAACUUUGUCAUUUAAGUAUAAUGCUAACAAUGAGGAGCUAGAAGAACUAUUUCAGCCGUGUGAAGACGAUCCUCCAACACCACAAUGUGAACCACCUGUUAAAGAGCCAGUAAGUGCAAGUCCAAAACGUGGAGACAAAACCUCCAUUAUAGAUAAAUAUUUUAAGUCUAUUCGUAAUGAAAAACCCAAUGAAAAAACAGAGGAUGCCAAGGUGGUUGAGAAUAAAUUUCCAGAAGAGAGCCGUAGUUCAAUGCCUCCAAAAGAAGUGACCUCAUCUCCUAUGAAAGAUUACCUAAAUCGCUUAGGAAAAAGGAGCACAUCAGAUGUUAUACCAGAAGCAAAAGAUAGUGGUAAUGAAACUUGGAAGAUAUUUCAUGAUUUCAAAUUUAAAAUAGCUCAAGCUGUUGAAGAUAUGAAGACUCGUUCAGUAGAUGAAACUAAAGACAGAAGUAUACCAAGAGAGAGUUCAACAUCAGAUUCUGAAGAGAAUUCUGCAAUCAAAGAUACAGACCAACAAAGUGUUGGAGACACUGAUAAUCAGGUUUCAUCACUUGACAGUAGCUUGCAAAAUCUCUCUGAAAUGACUCAACCAAUAACUGCAAAGGCUUCUGAGCAGGAGCUAAGCCUUUCUGCAAAUAAAAACCAAUUGGAUUCUAAUGAAGAUACACAUAAAAAUAUAGUAAAUAAUGAACCAGCAGAUGUUCCUAGAGAUGAUAGUAUAGAAAUUGAAUCUGGUGUAGAAGCUUUAGAAGAUACAAUAGAAGUCUUUGGUGACAUUUCACAGCAGAAUUCGGACACUCCGGAAAAGAAACCCAGUGAAUUCACAAUCACUCAAUCCCCUAUAGCACCAACUGACUUCAACUUUCCACCCAGCAGAAAUGAUUUGCACAGCUCAGAACUGCCAAAUAAACCAAAGGCUGUACUGUUCACCUACACUAUGUGUCCCGACUAUGAUCCCUUUACUUACCACAUAAACAAAACUACUACAGCCUUCAUGAAGUUAGAAGGUUGUAAUUUACGGAUAUCUUACACAAAAACCAAAAUAGCCAAACGGGCACUAUGGGACGAGAAGAUAGACAAUGUGACAUUUUACCAGCACAGACUGUACAACUUGACCGGGGCCCGAAUUAUUUUGCUGCCCAAGGGUCUCGUAAAGAGGAGACAGUGGAGCAAAAAAUACCCGAUUUGCGUCAUACUGAACGAAAAGGAGAAGAUUCAAGUUUUGGAGAAGGAAAGCGCCGCCGUGGAGAAGAAGAUUUCGGAGUCGACUGACAAGAGAGGCAAAGAGACGCAGCCCGCCAACGAUACGGAGAGCGCAGAGGCAAACACGAGCCCUGAGAAAAAGAAGAAAUUCGUUUGGAGACGAAGGGAAAAGAGCAAUUCGCAAAGUGAAGGCGAACCAGGGAGGGAGGGACUGCGCCAUAGGCUGGUGCGGAAAAUUCAUCGAGACAAGCGUUCGGACAGCGUGCCCUCUUCUUCGGAGGCGGAGGCCGGUCACGAGAGGGCUCAGCCCGAGGAGUGCCCCACUCCCGAGCCUGACGCCGACCUGACCUCGAGGUCCGUCACCAGCGCCAGGGAAGAGGUCAACGAUGACGACAUCGAUGACAGCGAACUGUCGCGCAUCAAGGAGUUGCUGGACGAAGCCGAACUGGACGGCAGCGCGGACGGAGCGGCCGAGGGCGAGUGGAGUCUCCAUGUGAAACAGUCCAAAGACAACCAUUCGCGCUUGUUCCUGUUCGCGCGCACCGGUCGGGACAAGCAUGAGUGGUACCGUCGCCUCAACACGGCGAUAUCGGAGGCGCAAUCCGGCGAGACGUCCGCUGCCGAUGCCCGCCCGGCCGAGACUACGCAGGAGACUAAAGACGGCGUCGAGCUGGCCGUCUUCAAGCUCUCGGAGAAGGAGACGGUGGCCUUUGCUAAGAGCAAAACGGGUGACCCGGUUUCCGAGGGCGUGACCAUUACCACGUCGCGCCCUCUAUCGCCUCAAGUUGAAACUUUCGAGAAGACCUUCUGGCCAUACCUAUUCAAAAUCAUACAGCCGCAGACGGUGGGCGUCGAGUGCGCGUGCCGCACCUUGCCAGCCGAGGUGACCUGGGUGAACACGGUGCUCGCGAGGCUGAUGUUCGACGUGAUGCGUGACCCGGCCACCAUCGCUCGCCUGCAGAACAGGAUACAGAGGAAGCUCAACACGCUCAAGCUGCCGUCGUUCAUGAGCCCGCUGCUGGUGACGGAGCUGUCGCUGACGGGCGCCUGUCCGCUAGUGCGCGGCGUCUCUCAGCCCUCGUGGGACGAGCGGGGCGUGUGGCUCGACGCCGACCUGCGGUACGACGGCGGCGCGCACAUCGCGAUACUCACCCAGAUCAACCUAAUGAAGCUCAAGGAGAAGAACAUGACUUUGGAAGACCAAAUGUUGACGACCAGUGAGAAUGUCGAAGAGACCGAGGUGAAAGCUUCCUCGUCGUCGGUUGGCCCCGAGAACCUUCUAAGAAGAAACAAACCCGCCAUUUACGACUCCGAAAUCGAGGAUUCGGCGGAAUCUAGCAGCGACGACGAGAGCCCGCCAAUGCAGCCCGUCGACAGCAAGCUGUACAUCGCACCAGCUGAGUCGCCGUCAGCUAUAGCGGAGGGCGGGUCGUCAAAGAAGAAAUUCCUACGGAUGGUCGACAAGAUUGCCACAAAUAAAUACUUCCAACAGGUGACGGACUACAAGUACGUGAAGCGGGCCAUGGAGGGCCUCUCGAACACGGACAUCAAGCUGCAGCUAGAAGUGCACGGGCUGGAGGGGCGCCUCGCGGUGAACCUGCCCCCGCCGCCCCACGACCGCGUAUGGAUCGGAUUCCGCACCAACCCGCAGCUGGUGCUCCGCGCUAGGCCGGCCGUCGGGGCCCGGGCGCUCCGCUUCGCGCACAUCUCCAACUGGAUAGAGCAGAAGCUCACCAGGGAGUUCGAGAAGGUGCUGGUGCUGCCCAACAUGGAGGACAUCCUCGUGGACCUGAUGACGCCGACGCCCGUGCGCUACGAGUACAAAUGCUGCUAU